AUGAUGGCAACAGAGGAUGAGGUCCCCAUGCCUGACCCUGUUAUUGAGAAAGAACUAUUCUUGAAAGCCUUGAGAGAUAUGAGUGGUAAAGCCUUAGAGGGAGUGGCUCUUUUUAGUGGGAAGAUGGAUCCAGAUGCCCUUAUAGACUGGAUUGAAGGGCUAGAAACCAUUUUGAAUGUGAUGGAAGUGGAUAACUAUGCAUCCAAUGUUAGAAACGAAGUAAUUCUCAUGGAUGAUUCAGGCCAACUUCUUCUUACAUUGCGGCGUAAGAAAUGGUGUUUUGGGAAGAGAUGGGAAGCAUUCAGAGGAGACCCAGUGGAGUCCGAUAAGCCUGCAUUUAGCCUUACAAAGUCUUUGGGCUUUUCAUAUAAAACUAGGGCAAACGUAUUUGUCUAUGGAAGUAGACAAAUUAAGCAGUGUGAUUAUCAGAUGGAAGGGUCGUUGUGCAAGGCAUCGUGCACAAUAUUGAGUGCCUCCGGAGAGAUCAUUGCACAGAUUAAACGAAAGGAAGCCAAAUCGGAUAUAAUGCUGGGGAAUGAUGUUUUGAGCCUGGUUGUCGAAGCGGGAGUAGAUCAGGUAUUUGUAAUGGGGUUGCUUAUCAUGUUUAAUCAGAUGAGCUAA